AUGAAUCAAAGGAACAGCAACGAGAAAGAAUAUCCUCUAGAAGCUGGUGGAAAGGAAAUCUCAAAGGUUGUGGAUUUAGUGGAAAGUGGAUUUGAAGAUCCUGAUCAAGAUCCAGAAGCCCCAAGAUUGACAGUAGCCCAGAAGAAUGAAUUAAAGGAAAAGCAAAAGAAAGAUGCUAAGGCUUUAUUCUUCAUUCAGCAAAGCAUGGAUGAUGCAAUAUUCCCACGAGUGAUGGGAGCAACCACGUCAAAGGAGGCAUGGGAUCUUCUACAAGAGCAUUAUCAAGGGUCCAGCAAGGUUAUUAAGGUAAAAUUGCACACCUUUCAUCGUGAUUUUGAGAAUCUGUCAAUGAAGUCUUCAGAUUCAGCUCAAGAUUACUCAGUAAGAAUCUCUGCUCUUGUGAAUCAAAUUCGAGCUCUAGGUGAAGAGUUGACAGAACAAAAGAUUGUUGAGAAGGUUUUAAGGAGUUUACCGCCAAAAUUCGAUCAUGUUGUAGCUGCGAUCGAAGAAUCUAAGGAUUUAUCUGACUACUCUUUAGUGGAGUUAAUGGGUUCUCUUGAAUCACAUGAAGCACGUUUGAAUAGAUCAACUGCAACAUCUGUGGAUCAAGCUUUUCAAAUUAAAGCUGAUGUUAACAAGUCUGAAAACUCAGGAAGAGGUGGAUCCACAAAAAAUUACCAAGUGAAGGAUCAGGCUAACUUUCAUGAAGAGAAAAAUAAUGCUUCAGAUAAUUUGUUUGUUGCUUAUUUAGCUGCUAAUGUCGCUAUGUCUUCUGAGGUUUGGUAUCUAGACAGUGGUUGCAACAAUCAUAUAACAGGGAACAAGAAUUAUUUUAUGGAUCUUGAUGAGUCAAAGAAAUCAAGAGUUACGUUGGGAAACAACAGUCAAGUCCAGGUGUGUGGUAUAGGCACAGUUGCCGUGGAUUGUAAAUCUGGUAGGAAAUACAUUCAUAAUGUAAUGUACAUUGCUAGCUUGGCUAAUAAUCUCUUGAGUUUGGGUCAACUAUUGAAGAAGGAUUAUUAUGCCAUCUUUGAUAACGAAGAAUGUAUGAUUUAUGACAAAAGGAGUAGGGAAUUGGUGCAUUCGGUGAAAAUGUUUGAGAACAAGAUAGAGAAAGCACAGGCUCUUGAUUUUCUCAAGCAAUUUAAAGCUGAAGUAGAGAAAGAAUAUGGAAGCUCAAUCAUUACACUGCGAACAGAUCAUAGAGAGGAAUUUAUGUCCAAAGAAUUUGAAUUGUUUUGCAGCGACAAUGGAAUUCAGAGGCAACUAACAGCAAGCUAUACACCACAAUAG